AUGGGCUCCGCUUCCGUUGGCGUUGAUGAGGUCUCCCGCCGUUCGACUGCGAAAGAUGUUCAAUCUACUUCAUGCGAAACAACGUCUUACCACGAUGGGAAAUCGCCGUUGGACACAGAUGUCUACAUCGUGGAUUGGGAUGGCCCAGAUGAUCCCGAAAACCCGAAGAAGCGAAAGUGGACACUUACUGUGAUCGUCUCUGCAUUUGCCUUCAUAACUCCUGUGACAUCUUCCAUAAUUGCUCCCGCCAGUGCUCAACUGGCCGAGGAAUUCGGUUUGCGAAACACAACGGUGAUAGCUAUGGUGACGACUAUCUUUGUGCUCGCUUAUGCGUUCGGGCCACUGCUUCUCGGGCCUUUAAGUGAGCUAUAUGGCCGGACAAGAGUACUUCAGCUGGCGAAUCUCUGGUUCUUGGCAUGGAAUAUAGGGUGUGGAUUUGCUCAGAACACAGGUCAGAUUCUGGCAUUCAGAUUUCUUGCUGGCCUCGGCGGCAGCGCCCCGUUAUCAGUUGGUGCAGGUGCUCUUGCGGACUGCUGGUCCCCCGAAGAAAGAGGCAGAGCCAUCGCCCUGUAUUCGGCCGCCCCUGUGCUCGGUCCAGUCCUGGGUCCGGUUGUCGGGGCUUGGAUCGCACAGAAAUCACACUGGCGAUGGGUGGUAAGUCGAUGGAACUCAUCUCGGCUUACUCGUGUUCAUGAUGUGGUGGAGUUCUACUGCACGAGUUUAGCAGAUGGGGUGGUCCAGGUCCUUGGCAUUAUUCUUUUGAGGGAGUCCUUUGCUCCCGUCCUGCUAGAACAGAAAGCUGACCGGUUACGGAACAAUCCGACUGAGAAAAUCCGCGAGGGACAGAAGAUCUGUACUCCAUACGAUGGCGUUGACCGACAAUUUAAAGCGGCCGUAGUCAAAGCCCUGAAGCGACCCUUUAUGCUCUUCCUCUGCGAGCCGAUCGUGCAAUUGCUCGGUGCGUACUUCUGCUUUGUGUAUGGCGUGCUAUACGUGUUUCUGACAACAAUACCUACCAUGUUCCAACGGGUAUACAGGGAAACUAUUGGGAUUUCUGGACUCAACUACUUCGCUCUGGGUGUUGGUCUAGUAGGCGCCGCACAGGUCAACGCGCUGCUCUUGGAUAAGAUAUACAAGGACCUAACAAAGAAGAACGGCGGCGAAGGAAAGCCAGAGUACCGACUACCUUCCAUGGUGCCGGGGACUAUACUUACCCCCAUUGGCCUCUUCUUGUCGGGCUGGACAGCAAGAUCAAACAUUCACUGGAUAGUCCCUGAUAUCGGAAUCUUCAUGGUAGGAGCAGGUACGAUCCUCAACUUCAUCUGCGUACAAACGUACAUCGUCGAUGCCUUCUCGCUUCACGCUGCGUCAGCGUUGGCGGCGGUUACAUUCUUACGCAGUCUCGCGGGGUUCGGCUUCCCGCUGUUCACCCCCUCCAUGUAUACUGCCCUAGGAUUCGGCAAGGGUAACACCAUCCUUGCCGUUGCAGGUAUCGUCAUCGGCUGUCCUGCGCCAUUCGUUUUGUAUUUCUAUGGCGAACGCAUACGAAAAGCUAGCAGGUUCGCAACAAAGGCGUGA